AUGUCUCCAUCACCCCCCACCAACGAUGUCCCCUCCGCAAACAAUCCCGUCACUUCCCAAACAGCCCCAGCAGCCCCCACCUCCCCCGGCCCACCUAUCUCCACCCCCCUCCCCUUCGACCCCACUUCAACCCCAUCCCAGCUGGCGCCUAUCCAUGUCCAGCCCCGGCCCACCGAUCCCGCCCCGUACUCUGCUCCGGCAGCUCCGGCCCACCAAAGACGGCGCCGAUCCGCUACCACUACGGCCCAGCAGCGCCCGAGGACGGCUUCGGUAGUGCAAGAUCUUUUCGAGACGAUGCCUACUGCUGCUGUCACUACCCCUUCGACCACAAGACCCCAGGCGGUGGUGGGCACGCCGGAUGUAGAGCGAUCGGCGAGCUUGGCUUCGGCUUUUGGCGGUGGAUCUGGCUUUGCAGGCGGAAGGGCGAGGUCGUAUACUGUCUCUGUGACUAUGCCCGCUCGGCAAGCGUCGGGAGAUGAUAGGAGGGUACCGAAGAGGCAGGCGUCGCAUGGCGUCGAGCUUGGGCAGGGGCGAUUCGCUUCCCCUUCUAGCUCGAGGCGGCGGCGGGGCACGGGCAGCGAGGGAGAUUGGGCUGAGAGUAAAGCUCAGACGAGGGCGAGGAGAGGCAGCUCGCCGGUGGGGUAUGAAGUGGGCGAAGAGGGGAGGCAGCACGAGUUGAGCGAUGAGAUGGUUGGCGUUUUGGAUUGUGUUGAUCCGCAGGUCGCUACCAUGAAUCAUCUGCAGAAUAUGACCAACUCUGUCAUGUUUCCAUACCUACCCUCUGUCUGGUCACGUCGUCCCGACAUCCGCCUCUCCCCCGACUCUUCCGAUGAAAGCCUUGCCCCCCUUCAACCGUCCCAAGACAAUGUCCACCCUGUUGCCCCGGCUACGCGUUUCAGAUCGGCUUCUACUAGCUCGAGGAGGGGGUCGCUCAGUUUGGGGAGGUUGAUCACGGGAAGAGGAAGGCAAGAGGACGAAGAAGGGGUGGUGAAGAGCGCGCCGCCGGGGGUGAGUUGGGAAGGAGCCCACCCGCUCGCUAUACCCGAGGAAGAGCCCCAGCCAGGAGUGAAGGAGGCUCCUCCCAUGGACGACUCUGCUCUCGACACCGCUACGUCAAAGACUACCACCCAGCCCCCCACCGCCCUCUCAAAACCCUCCCAAUCCCACUCCUCCCUCUCCCUCUCCUCCCAAGUCGACUCGCUCGAUCUCUCACAAGAACAAGACGCCGCCGACCACGCCCGCAUCGACCGACACAUCCACCACCUCCUCUCCUCCUCCCAAAAACAAAAGCUCCGCCUCGCGCUCAAAGGUCUUUGGGCAUUCGUCAAGACGCCCAUGGGGUUCGUCACUGCCAUAUACGGGUUUUUGGUCGUGUUUUGGGGGGCGGCGAUCGUGCUGUUUCUGUUGGGGUGGAUUGAUGUGGGCGGGGGGGAUAAGCAGAGUGUGUGGGUGGAGAUUAGUAGUCAGGUUGUGAAUGGGUUGUUUACGGUGACGGGCGUGGGGCUGAUUCCGUGGAGGAGCUUGGACACUUAUCGUAUGGGCGUGAUUUGGACGUUGAAGAGACGAGGAGAAAGACGGCGAGAUAAGUUGGGUCUUCCGCCCAUCGACGAUCCUAACGACUUGCCCGACCCCAGGACUAUCCCUGGAUACAUCCACGUUCUGAACGAGCAAGAGUACGCCAAACUCGCGCAUCAUCAGGAAAAGUUUGCCUUGUCACAGACGUGGUAUAAGCCGCAUGCUACGGCUACGCAUCGGGCUUUUCCCAUCAGAUGGGCGCUGUGGAAUACUAUUCUCAUGGACCUCAACUCGGUGUUUCAGUGUAUACUUUGUGGCUGUAUGUGGGGUAUGCGAUGGCGUCAGAGGCCGGCGUGGACGACGGGGUGUCUUAUUCCGCUUUCGUUCUUGUGUGGUAUCGGCGCCUCCCUGCUCAUCUUCCUCGGCUCGAAACGCACCAAGAAGGAAAUUAUACUGUCCCAAAAACUCCGCCAAGCUCUUGGUGUCCCGCUCGCUAUCGCGCAACCGUCCACCCUCGACCCGAACGACCCUCUCGUCCUCAACGGCAUCCCGGCUUCAGAAAAGAAGGAGGAGAGGUUGGGGGAUGUGAGGGGGAGGGCGAGGGAUGGGGGAGCUAUUGUUGGAGAAGGUGGAGGAGGAGAUGGGUGGGAAAGGGAGAGGGAGAGGGGAAGGAGGGAGACGGUGACGUUUGGGGCGAAGGGAGGAAAGGGGGAGAAGGAGAAGGAGGAUCAUAGGCAUAGGGGGCUGACGCUGCCGUCGUCGUUCCAUCCGCACUCGGGCUAUGCGCAUCUCUCGUCGUUGCCGGAGGAUACAAAGGUGGAGGUGGAGUCGCCGAUGGUGAUGACGCCGUCCAGUGGGGCUGGUGGUGGUAUUGGGGAGGGUGAGAAGAGGCAGGGGAGCGGGCUUGUUACAGUUAGGGAGGGUGGAGACGAGAAGGAUCUGCCUGGUGUCGGAGUCUGA